CGUGGGUGACAGGAGGAAAUUAAAAGCCCGUUUCGGAGGCGGAUCGCCCUUCUACCGCAGCAGAACUGGUUCUGUCUCUGGUCCUGGUCCUGGUCCUGGCUCUGGUUCCGGCUCUGCACGAGAGAAAACCCGAGGCCUCACGAUGAGGAUUGCUGUGAUUGGUCAGAGCCUGUUCGGCCAGGAGGUUUACAAGGAGCUGAGGAAGGACGGCCACACCAUCGUUGGAGUCUUCACCAUCCCAGACAAGGAUGGCAAGAGCGACCCGCUGGCCGCAGAGGCGGAGAAGGAUGGGGUGCCCGUUUUCAAGUUCCCCCGCUGGCGAGUGAAGGGCCAGGCCAUCCCCGAGGUGGUGGCCCAGUAUAAGGCCACGGGCCCAGAGCUGAACGUCCUGCCCUUCUGCUCCCAGUUCAUCCCCAUGGAGGUCAUCGACAGCCCCAAACACGGUUCCAUCAUCUACCACCCGUCGCUGCUGCCGCGCCACCGCGGAGCCUCGGCCAUCAACUGGACCCUCAUCCAUGGCGACAAGAAGGGAGGUUUUACGGUGUUCUGGGCUGACGACGGUCUGGACACCGGACCGGUCCUGCUGCAGAGGGAGUGCGACGUGGAACCCAAUGACACCGUCAACACCAUCUACAAGAGGUUUCUCUUUCCAGAGGGAGUCAAGGGCACGGUGGACGCUGUGAGACUAAUCGCCGACGGGAAGGCCCCGAGGAUCACCCAGCCACAGGAGGGGGCCACGUACGAGUGCAUCCAGAAGAAGGACAAUGCCAAGAUUGACUGGAACCAGCCCGCCGAGGCCCUCCACAACUGGAUCAGAGGAAAUGAUAAAGUGCCGGGCGCCUGGGCCGAGGUUGAUGGACAGAAAGUGACCUUCUACGGCUCCACGUUGGUGGACAACGGCAGCGGAUCAGCCGGGCAGCCCCUGGAGAUCCCCGGGGCCAGCCGCCCCGGCGUCGUCACCAAGGCGGGCCUGGUGCUGUUCGGCAGCGAUGGCAAGGCGCUGCUGGUGAAGAACCUGCAGUUUGAGGAUGGGAAGAUGAUUGCUGCAGCACAAUAUUUCAAGUCUGGUAGCAGCGCUGCCGUGGAGCUGACGGAGGAGGAGACGGCCUUCGCUGAGCAGAUGAGGUCGGUGUGGCAGAGCAUCCUGACCAAUGUGAGCCAGGUUGACUCCUCCACGGACUUCUUCAAGUCUGGCGCUGCUUCCAUGGAUGUAGUCAGGCUUGUGGAGGAGGUGAAGCUCCGGGCCAGCAGCUGUCAGCUGCAGAACGAGGACGUCUACAUGAACACAACGUUCCAGGACUUCAUCCAGAUGUGCGUGAGGAAGCUCCGAGGGGAGGACGACGAGGAGGAGCUGGAAGUCGACUACGUGGAGAAGAGCGUCAACAACAUGGCGGUGAAGAUGCCUCAUCAGCUGUUCAUAAACGGAGAAUUUGUGGAUGCAGAGGGAGGAAAGACCUACAAGACCAUCAACCCGACCGACGGCACGGCGAUCUGCGACGUGUCUCUGGCCCAGAUCAGUGACGUGGACAAGGCGGUGGCUGCUGCUAAAGAGGCCUUCGAGGAGGGAGAGUGGGGACGGAUGAACCCGAGAGACCGAGGCAGACUCAUCUACAGGCUGGCUGACCUGAUGGAGCAGCACCAGGAAGAGCUGGCAACCAUCGAAGCCAUGGACUCCGGAGCCGUCUACACUCUGGCCCUCAAGACUCACGUGGGCAUGUCCAUCCAGACUUUCCGCUACUUCGCCGGCUGGUGCGACAAAAUCCAAGGCAGUACCAUCCCCAUCAACCAGGCCCGGCCCAAUCGGAACCUGACUUUCACCAAGAAGGAACCUAUCGGCGUGUGUGCCAUCGUUAUUCCUUGGAACUAUCCGCUGAUGAUGCUGGCCUGGAAGGCCGCCGCCUGCCUGGCCGCUGGAAACACCAUGGUCCUCAAACCUGCGCAGGUGACGCCACUGACAGCCCUCAAGUUUGCUGAGCUGGCAGCGCGAGCAGGACUGCCCAAAGGAGUGAUCAACAUCCUCCCUGGAUCAGGAGCUCUGGUGGGUCAGCGUCUGUCAGACCAUCCUGACGUCCGUAAACUGGGAUUCACAGGAUCCACUGAGAUCGGAAAACACAUCAUGAAGAGCUGUGCCGUCAGCAACGUGAAGAAGGUUUCCCUGGAGCUCGGGGGGAAGUCUCCGCUCAUCAUCUUCAGCGACUGCGACAUGGACAAGGCCGUGCGCAUGGGCAUGAGCUCCGUGUUCUUCAACAAGGGGGAGAACUGCAUCGCAGCGGGACGGCUGUUCCUGGAGGACGACAUCCACGACCAGUUCGUCAAGAGAGUGAUGGAGGAGGUGAAGAAGAUGAAGAUCGGGGACCCGCUGGACCGCUCCACGGACCACGGCCCUCAGAACCACAAGGCCCACCUGGACAAACUGGUGGAGUACUGUCAGCGCGGAGUCAAGGAGGGGGCCACGUUAGUCUGUGGUGGCAAACAGGUGCAGCGCCCAGGUUUCUUCUUUGAGCCGACAGUGUUCACUGACGUCCAGGACCACAUGUACAUCGCUAUAGAAGAGUCAUUCGGCCCCGUCAUGAUCAUUUCCAGGUUUAAGAGUGGCGAGGUGGACGAGGUCCUGAGGCGAGCCAACGCCACCGAGUACGGCCUGGCGUCAGGCGUGUUCACGCGGGACAUCAGUAAAGCGCUGUACGUCAGCGAGAAGCUCAACGCCGGCACCGUUUUUGUCAACACCUACAACAAGACGGAUGUGGCCUCGCCCUUCGGGGGCUUUAAGCAGUCUGGAUUCGGGAAAGACUUGGGACAAGAUGCUCUCAACGAAUACCUGAAGACAAAGGCGGUGACCAUCGAGUAUUGAGAGGAGACGGGGACAUGUGGACAGUGACUGAGGACCAUGCAGACUAAUGCACCGGCUAUAAGACUGCCAGCGCCUUAAUGCACUAACUGAUCACACUGACACGACUGACGAUCCUCCGUAACUCAGCGCUGAGACGAGCUGCAAGAACCAUCAGAACGUGGAAGUGGAUGAGAUCAUUCAUUCACUCAUUCAUGUUUUUUUGAUUUAACACAUUUUAACAGUUUAACUAACAUUCAUUUCUAAUAAAGCUCACAACAGUU